UUGAGCCCUUUGGAAAUGCAGAAUCCUCAGAUUAUCUUCUCAGCGUCUGGUCCCAUCCCGGUGGAGUUAUAUAAAACUGGAGAACGCAAAAUCACCUAUUGUGUAACCUGGCUUGUCUUAAGACAUAUUUUCAAUGCCCAUGAAGCCUCCCAUCACCAACAGCAGGCAGCACAGAACAGCUUGCUGCCCCUCCUGAGUUCUGCUGUGGAGCCCCCUGAUCAGAAACCGUUGCUUCCAAUACCAAUAACUCAGAAACCUCAGGCUGCACCAGAAACAUUAAAGGAUGCCAUUGGGAUUAAAAAAGAAAAACCCAAAACUUCAUUUGUGUGCACUUACUGCAGUAAAGCAUUCAGGGACAGCUAUCACCUGAGGCGUCAUCAGUCCUGCCACACAGGAAUCAAGCUGGUGUCUCGGGCAAAGAAAACUCCCACCACAGUGGUUCCCCUUAUCUCCACCAUCGCUGGAGACAGCAGCCGAACUUCGUUGGUUUCAACUAUUGCAGGCAUCUUAUCAACAGUCACUACAUCUUCCUCGGGCACCAACCCCAGUAGCAGUGCCAGCACCACAGCAAUGCCUGUGCCCCAGUCUGUCAAGAAACCCAGUAAGCCCGUCAAGAAGAACCACGCCUGUGAGAUGUGUGGGAAGGCCUUCCGGGAUGUGUACCAUCUCAAUCGGCACAAGCUUUCCCAUUCGGACGAAAAGCCCUUUGAGUGUCCUAUUUGUAAUCAGCGCUUCAAGAGGAAGGACCGGAUGACUUACCAUGUGAGGUCUCAUGAAGGAGGCAUCACCAAACCCUAUACUUGCAGUGUUUGUGGGAAAGGCUUCUCAAGGCCUGACCACCUAAGCUGUCAUGUAAAACAUGUGCAUUCAACAGAAAGACCCUUCAAAUGCCAAACGUGCACUGCUGCCUUUGCCACCAAAGACAGACUACGGACACACAUGGUGCGCCACGAAGGCAAAGUAUCAUGUAACAUCUGUGGGAAGCUCUUGAGUGCAGCAUACAUCACCAGCCACUUAAAGACACAUGGGCAGAGCCAAAGUAUCAACUGUAAUACGUGUAAACAAGGCAUCAGUAAAACAUGCAUGAGUGAAGAGACCAGCAAUCAAAAGCAGCAGCAGCAACAGCAACAGCAACAGCAGCAGCAGCAGCAGCAACAGCAACAACAUGUGACGAGCUGGCCAGGGAAGCAGGUAGAGACACUGAGAUUGUGGGAAGAAGCUGUCAAAGCAAGAAAGAAAGAAGCUGCCAACCUGUGCCAAACCUCCACGGCUGCUACGACACCUGUGACUCUCACUACUCCAUUCAAUAUAACCUCCUCUGUGUCGUCUGGGACUAUGUCAAACCCAGUCACAGUGGCAGCUGCAAUGAGCAUGAGAAGUCCAGUAAAUGUUUCAAGUGCAGUUAAUAUAACCAGCCCGAUGAACAUUGGGCAUCCUGUAACUAUAACCAGUCCAUUAUCCAUGACCUCUCCUUUAACACUCACAACCCCAGUCAACCUCCCCACCCCUGUAACUGCCCCGGUGAAUAUAGCACACCCUGUCACCAUCACAUCACCGAUGAACCUGCCCACACCUAUGACAUUAGCUGCUCCCCUCAAUAUAGCAAUGAGGCCUGUAGAAAGCAUGCCUUUCUUGCCCCAAGCUUUGCCUACAUCACCACCUUGGUAAACAGUAUUAUAAAGUCAAAAUAUGGGUUAAAGUAAAUAUUUACCAGCAACUUAAUUUUAGUUGAUUAAAGCAAAAGGCAGACUAUGAAAUUGGGAGGUUUUAUUAUGUUAGUUAAUAAGAGUGUAGUAGCAUUUUGCUCCAAUUUGGCUGGGGUUGUUCAAAGUAGGGUAUAUGUGUAACUUAUCACUGGACCACAUUAGUUUAAUCAGAACCCCUUUUAGCUGACCCCAUUGCUUAAACAGGAUAGUAGCUGGCAAGGUGAAAUGCCAGAAUUAAAACCAAUCAUAAAACCCAUUUCAAAAGGAAAAAAAAGCAUUAUUUGUUUUUAAUUAUUAUUGUUUUAAUCCUACAAAAUCAUUUUAUUGUAAACACUAGCAGAGCUUUACCCUCUGUACAAGAUGGGUGGUUUUAACCUGAAGUUCUAAACCCACAGAAUGAGAGCUAGUGUAGAAUUGUCUGUGUUUUUUUGUUUGUUUGAGUAAAUAGAUGCAUUGUCAUAAUAAAAUGCAUUUCAGAGAAUAUGCAUUUUACCUUUGGGAAUAUGUUAAUUUCAGGCAGCAUUCCCUAUGGGAAAGGUGAUACCAGCUCUGAUAUGCAAAGCAUAUGAUAAUUUAUCAUUCUAACUUCAACAUAUAAUAGGGAUUGUGACCUGAUAUUUGGAGAUGUAAAUAUUGCUCAACAUAUUAAUCCUGAUGGAAUAUAGCAUUGUAGUUGACUUUUUAAAAAAAACAACAAAAACUUUAAAAAAAAAAUCAAAAACAAAUUGUGCUUUGAUGAGAAGGCUGCAGCUGACUUAGGAGAAGUCAGGUGUGCACACAGGCAGGCUCCAAACGCAGGCCAGUGGUUCCUGUUCAGGAGCAACGAGGACUUUGGAACAGUUUAAAUCUAUUGCUUUAAAUUGGAAGACAUUGGAGGCACUGGGAUGUGAUAGGCCCCUCUCUCUCCCAAUCAGCGCCUGUUGAUGUUACAACAGGCACAGAUGUGUUAGACGCUCACUAGAGUUUAUGUCUUAUAUUAAAUUGUAUACAGUUUUUAUUCUAACCACUAACUAGGUAGGAUGCCCCUUCAGAACAAGCAGAGUGUAUCUUUUCUCCCUCCUCUGUCUAAUCAAGUAUUGUGCAGAUUUGUUCAACUUUGUAAAUAUGGACAUCACUUUUUUUUUUCUUUUAAGAAAACACUUGUAUCUGCUUUCUGGAGUUUUCAGGGAGGCAGCUGUCUACAUGCUCCAUGGAAACCCAGCAAUGAUUGUGCACGUUGAAACAUGUGCUUUUGUUUCUUAGCCGGAUGCUUUAUCCCUGUACAUACGGUAGAAACCAAAAGCUAGGGAAACAGAUACUCUUUACGCCAUCAUGCCACACGUCAUGUUUUUAAAGCAUUGGGUUAAAGAAGAGUUCUUUCAAACCAAGAUGCUGUAUUGUUGUUUGUUUUUUUUUUUUACAUUGCAAUAUGUUUUGGGUCUUUCUCAUUUUUAAUUUUGCAGUUAAGAGAAAUGGAAAUGAGUUUUGUUAACCCUGCAGAAUGCUUGCAGGACUCACACCAGAUGACUUCCGUUUAUAUCCCACUGUGUCAGUACAACCAUCAAAAUACCCUGCAUCUGAGACAGACUUCCUACAUCAGGGACAGGUAUCUGUGUGUCAUUAUACAAAACAGUUCUAGGGGGAUGAACUACAUAGUAAAAAAAAAAUUAAAAUAAAUAGUACCUAGUGUAAAAUAAUUUUAUAAAUGAUCUUUUGUACUUUAGGACAUUAAAUUGUACAACUUUUGUAUAUAUAAAGCUUAGGAACUUUCUGUUUAGCAGGAAGGCAACACAUUCCUACACUUUUAAUGUAUAUGUUUGUUAUAAUGUCCAUGUAAACAUACCCUAUGUUUGUGCCUUUUAAUUAGUUUGUCUCAAUAAACAAAAUGUAGAGAAAAAUAUGUAGCUAUGACUUUGUUACAGCAGUUCUUAUCCACAGUUGGAAGUUGGUUUGUUUUUAAUAUGUAGAUCAUUAUGUGUGAGCUACUGGAAGGGCUCAUGUGGGGAAGGCCCGGGAACGGCACUGCUGAGACCUGGAAGAGGAGUGGUCACAUGUGGAGGAAGCCCUCAUUUCCUGGCAUGUGCUCUGUCUGCUGGGCCCUGCCAUCUCUGUUCUGGUGGCAGUUGUGAUUCUUCAUAGACAGCCCAGGCUUCCUCCACAGUGGUUCAAGGAGCAGUCCUCAAAGUGGGCAGGUAUGGGCCCUUCCCCCAGGCUACAGCGUGGUCAGAAGACCCUGAGAGUAUUAGUUCUUAUGGGGGAAAAAGAUAUAUACUAGAAAUGAUUGUUUUAUCAAUUCAUUGUAAACAGGAGUGAGACUUCAUGUAUGACUUCAGAUAAAAUGCUAUUUUGUAUGCAUACUCUAUUCACUUAAGAAGCUUGUCUGCAAUAAUAAAGCCACGUUGUGUCUUCUUUGGGGAGGGAGAGAGUUGAUGGCAGGAUGGGGUGCGGGUAGGCCAUUGCAAAGGGGGCGCAAACAGGUGGUGUGGUAAGAUCCUCCUGUGUCCUGGAACUGGAACUGAGCUGUGAUGCUGAUGAACUGAUUCAACCAUGUGUUGAAGGCACCAAUGGCCACCACUCUACAAAACGGCAGAGUAUGUUUUCCCUCCUGGUUGUAACCUGGUGGAGAGCUUCCCCUUUAUCAGAUUGGCAGCUAAACGGUUGUAUUAGAUAAUCCUCAAAUCUGACAUCCAGCCUGUUAUGCUUGCUCUAGCGCUCGCUGCUUGGCCUGCGUUUACCUUUUACUGUGUAUUCAUUUCCUCCUAAGGUGUGCUCCUAAAUGAAGGUUUCUAUGUACGCAGAUGAUGAUUUUACCUGUCAAUACCAGCACUGUAUUACUAACAUGCAAAAUACUGCAGAUUUAUUUUGACAAAUUAAAGUUAACCAGUCACAACUGUUA